GAUUCAGCUCUUUUCGGCCCUUCUACGAGCUAUACAAAGGUGUGCCGAACGAAGCCCCUUCGAAGGCCGCUCGCCAAGCUCACUAUAAAUGUAUGGGCGAGCGUCACUUCGACAUCACAGCUACUCUCAUCUCCGCCACUUCAACAUGUUCAACAAGGCCGUCCUUUUGUUCUCUCUGGUGGGCGUGGCCCUCGCCGCCCCUUCCGACCCCUAUGGCCCGCCCAAGCACCAGCCUGUCUACAAGGAGGAACCGCAGCCGUACCAGUUCGCCUACGGAGUCAAGGAUGAAUACGCCGGCACCGAUUUCGGUCAGAGCGAGGAGUCCGACGGCAAAGCUGUCAAGGGAUCCUACACUGUCCAGCUCCCCGACGGCCGCAAACAGACAGUGAACUACGUGGCUGACCACUACAACGGCUACCAGGCUGAGGUCAGCUAUUACGGCGAGGCUCAGUACCCCCACGAGUACGGUCCCCCCGUCACCUUCAAGCCCCAGGCCUACCAUCCCCAGCCUUCCUAUAAACCCGAACCUUCAUACCAUUAAUAAUGUCAAUGGUGUAUAUGCAUUUCCAUAUCGUGUUUAAUUUAUGUCAUAAAUAAAUUUACAUGAAUA